GCUGAGAAAAAAAUCUAACGUGAGCGAGCGAAUUUAAGAUAGCGAACGGUAUUAGCUGUUAGCUAUUAGCUGUUAGCUCAAACGUUUGUGUUAGCUGUUGUUAGCUAGCUAUGUGGCCCGUGAUUACUUGUGGUUCUAUUAUCAACCUGUCGUUGUAAGUAAAAUGUUUGCCCCACUAACAGCUAGCUCACGUUGAGCAAGUCGUGAAUGUGGACAUCGUUUCAAAGGCUAAUACUUCGUGCCCUUUCUUGUUAGGAUUGACAAUAUUUGUGGGCAUUAACAUACAUUUAGCUAUACGUUAUAUUUCAUGUAUAACGCUAAGGUAUUAGCCAUUGUGGUCUUCGUGAUUUGAAUGACAUGUAGCACACAUGACCUCAAAUUUAUGCAGCUAAAUACUUGACAAUACUUCUCCUGAGGCUAUCAUUGCUGUCUAUAUUUAGAAAGGGAGUUUUACGAUGGUACAACACAGUGAAGCUUUGUAACAUGAUACGAGUUAGGCUAUUAAUGUAUUUCUGUCAACAUCUGCUAUUGAUCUCAUUCGUGAAUGCACAUUAGCUGUGGAGUAACAUACAGCAGAGUGCAUUAGGAACUGUUCAUGAGUUUGCUUAAAGUAGAGUUUAUUGACAAUUUAAGUUGUAUAAAUGUCUUCUUGAUAAUCUUCUGCAAGGGCUUUCUCUUUCCUUGUGGUUUUCAGCUAUCAGUGGUCUGAAAUGAGGUCCAGUAGAAUAAUGCAUGCUCUGUUCCUCUUAGACUAUUAUCCCAACACACCCAAAACACACACCAUGUGAGGUCAUACUCUUUAUGUCAGCACAGUGACUCGGCAUUUUCUGAACAAUAUAUCGCCUGUCUCAUGCGAAGAUUAAGCUUCUAAUAAAUAAUUGCUGACAGAUUAUUGGAUGCUCUGCUUUCUUGCAGACUUGCACUUUGCCAGCGAAACAAUGUCUGGCAAGGCAGGCGUGUUAAGUCAUGUACGUAUGUUGUGUGAAGCUGCUGACACCCCAAAUAUUGUUGUGUAGAUUUAAAUAGCAACAUUUUAUUGUCUCUUUUUAUGCAACAGGAGAGGAGCACUGACAUUGAACAAGUUGAGGCAGAGUUUUGGAAACAUGAUUUCCUAAUCCUUUGACAAGGGUAAACAGUGCGAGGUAUCGUCCUAUCGUUGGUGUUUGCUUACAUUAUUGUAGUGGCUGCCGACACACCUUGAAGAUGAACUUCCAUCUACCCCCACUUUGACCAUGUUGUCUACCAGGUUCAGCAGUAGCAGAACGUGACAUUUUACUAAGUGGUCAGUGGAAACAGAGUUAAAAUGUACAGCUAGGAAGCUGUGCUUUGAUUUGCAUAGCCAGUACAUUUCCCCGUAUUCGUCCCCUCCCAUCCUUCUCUCUCCUCCCCUCUCUGUUUCUAUCCUCCCUCUCUGUCUUUUAGUCUCUCUACCUUGUUUCCAACACACUCUUCUAAAUAUGCUGUGCGUUGAAGGAGUACACUUCAGUAGCUUACUGCUUCUUUAAGAGAAGGGAAACCUUAUUAUUUUCCCCUGCUUAGUAUUUUCUUUUGUACCCUUUCUACAUUUUAGGUCAUCGGACUUUGAUCAGAAUGGGGGUGAAAGACCGCCCUCAGUGUUACUUUGAUGUGGAGCUCAACCGGGAGCCAGUUGGGCGCAUAGUCUUCCAGCUCUUUUCCGAUGUUUGUCCCAAGACAAGCAAAAACUUUCUCUGUUUGUGCACAGGUGAAAGGGGAGCUGGCAAAAUCACAGGGAAAAAGCUGUGCUACAAAGGCUCCACUUUUCACAGAGUUGUAAAGAACUUUAUGGUCCAGGGAGGCGACUUUACUGAAGGAAAUGGAAGAGGGGGAGAGUCCAUAUACGGAGGCUACUUUGAAGAUGAGAACUUCAUUCUCAAACACGACAGAGCCUUCCUGUUGUCGAUGGCCAAUCGCGGGAAGGACACCAACGGUUCCCAGUUCUUCAUCACAACCAAGACGGCUCCUCACCUCGAUGGAGUCCACGUCGUCUUUGGUCUCAUCAUCUCAGGCUUUGAAGUGAUAAAGAAGGUCGAAGGGCUGAAGACUGAUUCAGCCAGCAGACCCUACGCUGAUGUCAGAGUGAUGGACUGUGGACAACUUAUCACCAAGUCCGCUAAUGAUGUACUUGGCGGCAAAAGAAAAAGGACCUCCCACUCGGCUGACUCGUCCCUCAAUUCCCACGACUCGUCCUCGCCAUUUUCCUCUUCCGUGGGAUCUGAAAGCGAAUCAGAUGAAAAGUACAAACAUCGCAAGCACAAGAGACACGCAAAGAGUAAACGGUCUAAAAAGAAAAGGAGGGAAUCUAAGAAGGAGAACAUUGAUGUUCUGCCGGCCAAGCAAAGUUCUCACAGUCCUGUGGAAAGAGAGAUGCUGGAGGGAGACGGUGAAGUGGAGGCAGAGAAGGAGCAGAGUGGGCGGAGAGAGAAGCCUGUGGUCCGACCGGAGGAAAUCCCACCGGUGCCAGAGAACCGCUUCCUGCUGCGUCGGGACAUGCCGUCUCAGGAAGAUAAAACGGAGAUAGUUGAGAAUGAAGAAACAUCUGUUUCAACUGACCCGAAACCAGCAGUGUCCAAGUCUGGACGGAAGAUCAAAGGCAGAGGGACAAUGAGAUAUCACACCCCCACAAGGUCUAAAUCACGCUCUGCAUCUGUGGAAGAACGUGGCAGCAGUGAAACUCCACCACAUUGGAAAGAAGAGAUGAAGAGAACCAAAGUUUAUCAACCACCGAGCAUUGAGAGAUGGAGCAAAGGAGACAAAUUGAAUGACCAUUCCUCAAGCAGAUGGGAGGACAGAAGUGACUCUGCGUGGUCCCGGUCUGCAGAGCACUCCUCAGACCGCAGCUCUGAGAGGUCCAGCCUGCUCCGCCAACAAACCAAAGAGAAGAAGAAAGCCAAACACAAGAAGAAGGCCAAAAAACGGAAGCGUGGCAAGAAGAAGAGCUCCGAGAGCAAACCUCAAGAGCCUUUCCCGUCAGUGGGUGAAAGGCCAGUGUCCUCGGAGAGGAAGUCCGGAAGAUCCCGCUCUAAAACCCGCUCCUCUUCAAAUCAGCAUAAUUCGUCAACUCGGAGGAGACGGCGGUCCUCGCCGUCUUUCAGAGACUCACCGUCCUACUCUAGAUCCUACACAACAAGUCAGUCCAGAUCUAGAGGGAGGUCUAGAUCAUAUUCAAGACCCAGAAGCCUUUCUAGGUCUAGAGGUCGGUCUUUGUCUAGAUCCAGAUCUCAGUCCUAUUCUCCAUCCCGGUCGAGAUCCAGAUCCAAGUACAGAUCUAGAUCUUUGUCUCCACCCAGAAAGAAGAGUUUAUCCAGAUCCCCGAGAAAGAGGAAAGCCAGCAAGCACAAAGCGGACUCCAUGAUGUCCGAGAAGCUUCCAGAGAGCAAAGUCCCACCUGUCCCCAGACUCCCGAGUGUCCCGGCUCCCGAAAGUGCCCCGGAGAUCCCAAUGAGCGACAGUCCCCCACCCUCACGCUGGAAACCUGAUCAAAAGCCCUGGAAGCCCUCUUACAUCCACAUUCAGGAGAUUAAAGCUAAAGUAGCUCCCAGCUCCUCCGCUGGACAAACAAUGAGAACAGAAAAAGCUCAGACUCCCACUACGCCAAAGUGUCUGCCAGGUGACUCUGAAAGCCACAAACCUGCAGGGCGCCCAUUCAGCAGGUCCUCCAGAAGCAAGUCCUACAGCCGCUCAUACAGUCACUCAAGGAGCAGAAGUUAUAGUCGGUCCAGGUCCAGAUCCCCUCAUAAGUAUAAAAGCAGAUCAUCCUCCGACAGCAGAUCAGACACCGAAAACUUCCAGAAAACAUGCAGCAACAAGAAGAGCUCACUGGACAAGGAAUGGAAAGAGUAUUACAGCUCUCUGAGGAGGAUCAAAAAUGUAGAUAAGUACAUUUCACUCCACAGUAGUCAAGACGCUCAGCCAGGAUCGGAGAAGAGGCCGAGCUGUGAGCCGGACAUCAGUGACUCGAGGAGAAGCAGCUCUUUGGAGAAAAUCAAAGAGAGCGGCGGCUCACAGGAUCAAGAAACAAAGCAGUGCAGCUCCAUGCUGGCAGAGCCCUUUAACAGCAGGUCUGAAUGGGAUAGUGACAGUGAUAAAGUCAGCCAAAGCAACAGUGCUAACCAGUCAAAAAAGCAGAAACAAGCAGUUCAGUCCAAUGAAUUUCUUGAUAAGAAGUUGUCUGCUCUUACUGGAUGGAAUUCUGAAAGUGAUUGUGAAAAUGUAACCGCCAGGACAUUGGCCAUAUCCGAAAAAGAGGAAGGGGAGGCUAGUUCGGAAUCUGAGAACGAGACUUCCAGGAAGACGUCAGAGGCAGCGGUCGCACUGGCACACGGGGUCGCUGCUGCCUCCGGUCAGCCAGAGGAAAGUCCUGAGAAGGCCUCGGAGCCAGAGAAGCACAAGAGCAAAAAGAAGGCCAAACGUAAGCACAAACGCAAGAGGAGAAGCGAGAACAAAAGCGGCUCCCGUCACAGUAAGGACAAAGGAAAGAGAUCGAAGAGGAAACAUCAGAGGCUCAAGGAGACUUUUCACUGGCAGCCUCCUUUGGAGUUUGGAGAGGAGGAAGAAGAGGACGAAUUAAAACGAGAGAAACCUAGUCCCGGUAGAGUUGUCAAAGAACGGCCCGGUGUGGGCAGCCUGAAUGAGAAAUGUACCUCUUCAAACAAGAUUCCUAAAACAGAAAGAGAGAGGGCGCAACACAAAGCAAAAGAAUGUAUCAACAAAAACCCCAAACACACUGAACUCCAGCUUCAGUCGUCCAAGAGGAACGGGGCUAAUUUACCCAGCUUCAAAGAGGAAGAGUCAUUAGAUGACAUGGACAUUUGUACACCAGAGCAUGAUGCUGAGAUUGUAGAACAUCCGGCCACACAGGAUCUUUAUAAGAACGAGUUAACCCUAAAAUCUACCUCAAGGUCUUCGGAUGUGGCGAGUAGAGAGAGUGCUUUGCCCCACAGCAAAGAGCAGCCUUCUGUUCCCUCCACAGCUACAGCUGGUGGCCUGCAAGAUGAAGCGGCCGCCGGCAGACCUGCCGGCACCGUGGCUAAUUUCAAAUGGAGGCCGUUGAAAGGAACGUCGGCUCUCCAGAACACGAGCGUGCCGCCCGUCGCCACGAAACACGUCCAAAUUCAAGAGGCUCUCAACGCGCAGGGAGUGAGAAUGGAGAUAAAAAGCAAAAGCCGGGUCCGGCCGGGAUCUCUGUUCGACGAGGUGCGUAAGACGGCGCGGCUCAACCAGAGGCCGAGGAACCAGGAGAGCUCUAGCGAGGAGAGGUCCCCAUCCGUGGGGAACACGCGGUCCCCGAAGAAAUCGCGCUCGGCCUCCAGACACCGGUCCCGCUCCAGAGGAUGGUCCCACUCAUACAGCAGGUCCAGGACUCGAUCCCGCAGCUCCAGCUACUUUUCCAGGAGCCGCAGUAGGAGUCGGAGGAGGCGUGGAAGAGAACGGUCGCGCUCUCGUAGCAGCACAUACCGGAGUUACGGGAGUCACAGUCGGACGUCCAGUAGAAGUCAUUCCAGAAGUCGCUCGUAUAAUCAUCGUCGUCGGAGAUCCAGGUCAGACUCCUACGACAGCUAUUCCAGUCGGAGUCGGAGUGCGAGCAGGAGACGAGGGCGCAGGCGAAGUGACAGCUACAGGAGCUCAGACCGCCGAUCCCGGUCGUACCGCUCGUCCAGCCGCAGUUCUUCCAGCAGCCGGUACAGCUGAGCCUCAGGGCGAGAGUCUGGGCAUGCUGUCACUGUUACUGUCAUCAUGAGGAAAAGGCCUCAUAGUCCAUCUGGUUACUAGUUUAAUACGGUACUGUAUGACAGGCUGAGGAAUUGAAUGUUGUAGAAUGUAAAUAAAUAAACCACUUUACAAGCAGAUGUUCUUAUUUUAGGGACUGUCACAGCGGAGAACUACAGCCUAGAAGUAUAAAAAACAAUUUAUAUGUGAAAAAGAACACAAGAAAUAAGCUAUAUGUAUUUUAUAUUGCAUAUUUGUAUAUUCCUUUUUCUACUUCAGUUUUUUUCGACACUGAAAUGUACAAGUAUUCUCCUGUAAGUGUCUAAUCCUCUCAGUUCUGACAUCUGUGAGGAGUUAGUGGGUGUAGGUUGAGGUUUAUUUCUAGAGAAGGCCCGUGUUCAAUGGAAGAAAUCACUUUUUGUAGCAGUUUCAGGCUGUAAUUAGUCUUUGUUCCAUACGUUUAUUACUGGAUCAUGAAUUUUAAAAGCUGUGUCAAAGUAUAAUAAGUCUGAUUUAUAUUAUAUUCAAACAGUUAUGAAUGUUUACACGGAAUAAAUACCACAGCAUCUUAAGCCUACGUUCUUUUAUCUCACCAUGUGCAGUAGAUAGUCGUGCAGAGAUGGCGCCAUCUAGCCUUCAAUUCAGAACUGCAGCUCGUGUGUAGCUGUGAGAUCGAUCCAGUGAGCUGCACUGUAAUGUCUUCGUCCCUGCAGAUUUAAGUUUAUGCAUUAUAUUAUGUCAAACACUACAAAUGCACUUACCAAAUAAUCAUUGUAGUUGUCUUAUUAUAGAGUCCACUUUUCUAUUAAAUGUCAUGUAAUAGAA